AGAGGAUUCGCCAUCACACAAGAGUGAAGAUGACAUGGUACAACACCAACUUCUAGAACACUGCUGGGAUGGACACAUCUCACAAGAAGGCUCUGGUGUUCAUGUUGCUACUGCUGCUGGCUCAACUGGGAUGUAACGCGCAGAGUGUGCCUGAGUGCUGCAGACAGCCAGCUAGCUCCUGUCGCCUCCAAGUGCUGCUGUGUCGUUCCGGCAGCAAGAGCAUGGGGGGAACCAUCACAGGAGAUGCAGCCGCUGGGAUUCUCACACUGGGUAAACGGAAUGAGGAUGAGUUUCAUUUGCAGAGCCGACUCCAUCAACUUCUUCAUGGCCACAAGAACCAAGCAGCUGGGAUACUGACUAUGGGGAGGAGGACCGCAGAGAGGGAUAGAGAGAGAUAAACAGACUAGUUGGGUCUCUCAAGAAAUGCUAUUG